AUGGCGUCCGUGGAUAUGGUUUCGCCCGUGGCUGUCUCGAAAGUCAAUUCAGUUGCAUCUCCGUCGCUGCAGCUACCAACGCCACCGCUGUCACCACCACCCGAAUCCCCGCGAACAGUUACAGAGCUCUUGUCGUUGAGGGCACGAGAGUUCCCCAACGAGCCUAUUUUUGGCUAUCCAUCCGAUGACCUCGAAUAUCUCGAGUACACAUUUGCGGACCUUGUGAGGAUCUCUUCCCAAGCAGCACGGCGAUACUCGAAAUUCUUGCCAUGCCGAACCGACUCAACCCAAGAGGCGCGAGUCAUCGCCCUGCUGGGACCAUCCAAUCUGGAGUACUUUUUCACCCUGUUGGCUCUAUCGAAACUGGGAUUUACGGUGCUCUUUCUGUCAACAAGACUAUCCCAGGCAGCGUAUUUGUCGUUGCUGGACACCACGAAAUGUCGCCACAUCGUGAUCGAUUCGUCCUUCCGGAAGGCUGCAAAUGCUCUGGCAGCUUCUCGGAAUGGACUGGAGGUCAUCGAUAUUCUGUCCCAGGCGCAGUACAUGACCGGCGACAACCCAGAAGAUGUUGGAGUAGAGCAGUACUUUGACCUGGGCCAGGAAUCCUCCAAGGUUGCUUGGAUCAUUCACUCCUCUGGCUCGACCGGCCUGCCGAAACCCAUUUAUCAAACUCACAAGGCGGCACUGAAGAAUUACGAAAACAGCUCGAGAAUGCGUGGCUUCGUCACCCUGCCACUCUUCCACGCCUUUGGUCUCAGCAACGUCUUCCGGGGGAUCACUGCCUCGAAGAAGAUAUACAUCUACAACGCCAAGCUCCCGUUAACCAGCCGGCAUCUGCUGAAGAUUCUGACAGACCACCAGUUCGAGAUCUUUCUUGCCGUUCCCUACGCCCUCAAACUCCUCAGCGAGACGCAGGAGGGCAUCAAUGCUCUGGCAGCCUUGAAGGUGGUCAUGUUCGGGGGCUCGCCGUGUCCGGAUGCCUUGGGUGACUUGUUGACUGAAAAUGGAGUCAACUUGAUCAGCCAUUAUGGGACUACUGAGACAGGUCAGCUGAUGAUGUCCUACAGACCUGCUGGCGACAAGGCCUGGAAUUAUGUUCGAGAGCAUGAAGGGCUGAAACCAUAUCUCAGAAUGGAGCCGAGAGGCGGAAAUCUUCAUGAGCUUUGUGUUUUAGACGGAUGGCCCUCGAAGGUCGCGACGAAUCGAGACGAUGGAUCGUACGCCACAAAAGAUCUCUUCGAGGCCCACCCGUCGAUACCAGGAGCGUGGAAAUAUUGCGGGCGACUGGAUGAUACCAUUGUCUUAGUCAAUGGCGAGAAAGCCAUUCCCAUUGCCAUGGAGCUGGCGCUGCGGCAGGAAAAACUGGUUCGAGAGGCUGUCAUGUUUGGGACCGGCAAGAGCCAGUUGGGUAUGAUGAUAAUUGCCUCCGAGCAGGGAGCUUGUAUGGAAGGUCGGGAUCUGAUCGAGACACUUUGGCCAACGAUAGUGGCUGAGAACAAGUCGCUUCCUGCAUAUGCGCAACUGGCUAAAGACAUGGUCAAAGUCCUGCCCGCCGGGACUCCAUAUCCUGUCACCGACAAAGGUUCACUGGUGCGUCAGGCAUUCUACCGAAGCUUCCACGACGAGAUUGAGGAGGUGUAUCGACAGGCAGAGUCGAGGAUGGAUGGCGCCCUUGUCCUCUCGGAACCAGAGCUGCGAGAAUUCCUCCGCGCCCAUCUGCUGGAGCUCUGUCCCCAAGAUGAACCCUCAAGCCUGACGGAUGAGACGGACUUGUUCUCACUGGGUGUUGACUCUCUGCAGUCAACGAGACUUCGGGCCAAGAUAUUAAAGGAGAUUCAACUCAAUGGCAACCCGUUGCCACAGAAUAUUGUUUUUGAAUAUCCCACCAUCUCCAAGCUGGCCGCUGCAAUCCUCAACAUCCGUGAUCGCAAGUCUGGGGAGAUCCGGGAUGUGGUCAAGGAGAUGGAACAGCUCGUCGAAAAGUAUAGUGUCUUCCCCAAACAUGUUCCUAUACCGUCGCAGACUGCAGAUCGUUGCAUCGUUGUCACAGGCGCGACAGGGUCACUAGGGGCUCAUCUUGUUGCACAACUUGUCCGCCGGGAGGACGUUUCUGAGGUAUGCUGUUUGGUAAGAGCCAGUUCCGAGACGUCUGCUCGUCAACGGGUUAUCAAGUCGUUGCAGGAACGAGCCGUGUAUCAUACACUCCCACUGGAACAGCGUCGCAAGAUCUCUUGCUAUCCGUCCGACUUUUCAAAACCAAAUCUAGGUCUCGAUGAUAGGCUCUAUGCCACCAUUUCAGCAAAGAUCACAAGCCUGAUACAUUGUGCUUGGUCAGUCAAUUUCAACAAAAACCUGAGCAGCUUCGAGGCAGACUGCAUUGCAGGCGCCCAGCAUUUGAUGCUCCUUUGCCUUUCAGCCAAACAACCCACCCCAGCGUCUUUUAAUUUCUGCUCGUCGGUCUCCACGGUGGCGAAUAUUCCCGGCGAUGUCGUCGCAGAGGCGCUUCCCCAAAGCUUCAAAUGUGCUCAGGGCAUGGGAUACGCGCAAUCAAAGCUUGUGACCGAGCACCUCGUGACGCGAGCCGCCUCUCAGACCGGAAUGGAUGCCCGUGUUCUGCGCGUGGGACAGAUUAUUGCGGACAACGCACACGGGAUAUGGAAUGACACCGAGGCUAUUCCCCUAAUGCUCCAAGCGGCGACCACAAUCGGAGCACUCCCUGCCCUUGACGAAUGUCCUCGUUGGCUGCCAGUGGACAGUGUUGCGACGACCGUCAUGGAUAUCUCUCUUUCAAACACUGCACAAUCAGUCUUCAAUAUAGUCAAUCCCCGCACAUUCCACUGGACGAAAGAACUCCUGCCCGCACUGCACAGCGCAGGUCUAUCAUUCACCGAGGUGGGUCAACGCGAAUGGAUCCGCCGCCUGCGCGCAUCAAAUCCAGACCCCCAACAGAAUCCCACAAUCAAGCUUGUGGAGUUCUUCGCAAGCAAAUAUGACAAUGACGUGACGAAGAGGAAGAACCUCAACUAUGUCACAGCCGCGGCAGAACAGCUCUCGCCUGAGCUCAGCGUUGUUCCUGCUUUGUCCGUGCACCUAGUGAAGAGGUUUGUUGGGCAUUUUCUCAAGAACAGUUGGUCGUCUAAACUGCCAACGGCCGACACCAAGUCGCAGCAUCAGACCCGACUCAUAGUCGUGUCAGGUCCAUGUGGCGUUGGCAAGAGCAACCUUGCCGCUGAGCUUGCCCAGUCGCUAUCCUGCCCGGUGAUUGAAGGGCAUUCAGCUCAUGACGCCAUUGCAAUGGCAAAGAUGAGCCAGAGAAUCCCUCUUACCUCUCUCGACAGGGAGAUCUGGCUCGGUCGAAUCAAAGUUGAGGUGCUGGAACGUGUCCGAGCGAAUCAUUUGGUCCGCAGUGAUCGGCUGCGAUCUAACGAGCGACAUAGGAAGGAUGUUGUGCUAACGUGCUCUGCACUUGCCCGCCGCGAUCGCGCUGCAUUGAGGAACAUCUUAUCUGCGCCGAACGGCGACACAGAGGAGGAGUGUGUCAACACUGUAUUUGUGGUGUUGCAGGCCACCGAGGACGAAAUACUCCAAAGAUUGGGCAACAGAAGAGGACAUUUCGUGGAAGCCGACAUGAUAGCAUCGCAGUUGAAUGCGAUCGAAAAGCCUGGCGUUGAUGAGACGGAUGUCUUGCUUGUAGAUGCAGAGCAGCAGAUGGAAGAGAUCGUCCAGGAGGUUUUGACUGGAUUAGAUAUCCUGUCGUAG